AUUUACUGGUAACUCGAUGACGCUGUCAAAUGUCAAUGUCAAAGUAAACACGCUCGUUCGCAUGACAUUCGCCGACGCAUGGCGUUUUGUUGAGGUUAGCUUCAUUUUGUUUCGUGUUUAUUAGUGAAAAUGUCGUUCCGUGGUAGAGGUGGUGGCGGUGGCGGACGCGGCUUCGGCGGCCGAGGCGGUGGUGGCGGCGGCGGAGGCCGGGGAGGCCGCGGCGGCUUCGGCGGAGGCCGAGGACGCGGCGGCGGCGGAGGUUUCAGACAGCAAGAUAUGGGCCCCCCUGAAAGCGUGACGCCUCUGGGGCACUACGGCUGGACAGUGCAGGACGACCUGGUCUGCAAAGUCGACAUUGAGGACGUACCUUACUUCAACGCGCCAAUUUUUCUAGAAAACAAGGAACAAAUCGGCAAAAUUGACGAGAUCUUUGGCAAUCUGCGAGACUACUACGUUUCAGUUAAGCUAGGUGAAAAUAUAAAAGCGAAGAGUUUCAAGGAUGGACAGCAGUUUUAUAUUGAUCCGGCGAAGUUGUUGCCGUUGAAGAGGUUUCUUCCGCAGCCGCCUGGUGCGAAGCGUGGCGGGCGAGGGGGUAGGGGCGGCGGUGGAAGAGGUGGGGGUGGUUUCGGGGCAAGAGGGGGUGGUCGAGGCGGCGGGUUUGGCGGCCGAGGAGGCGGCGGCCGCGGCGGUUUCGGCGGCCGAGGUGGUGGCGGUGGCUUCGGAGGCGGUGGCGGCGGCUUCGGAGGCGGUGGACGAGGUGGAGGCUUCGGGCGUGGUGGCGGUGGCCGCGGAGGUGGCUUCAGGGGCGGCCGGAGAUAGUAUGUCUACAUGCGCUAGUGGUAUUGUGACUAUAUUGACUGUGAGAGUGAGCUGUUGGCCCUCGCCACAAGGGCUGAAUGAAAAACAUUCUAUGAUUAUGUGUUUUUAGUU